AUGACCAUCUCCUGGGCACGACUGUUCGGGGCCGAUCCCAGCCUCGACAACUUGCAUCGCUUCGAGACUUCAUGGCUGCUCUCACCCAUGGCCUUGGCCGGAGUGCGUGCCCUCACCACCCUGUACAUCUUCACCACGAUCUUUACCAUCUGGGGUUGGUAUGGAUCGCACGAUGACUCUUCUGCCAUCGGCCAGUCCUUCAGCUACUUCACCUGGUUGACCUACUGGGGACUGGGCUUCUAUCAUCUCACGGCGACCAUUCACACCGUACUCUAUGCGCGUACAGGUCGGUCAGUGCUGCUUGAUCGCUGGCCGCGUGUCUUUCGAGUCUUGCAUGUUUUGUUCUAUGCGACCAUCACGACGUUCCCGUUCCUGGUCACGAUCGUGUUCUGGGCGAUCUUGUUCAAGGCACCUUUCUACAAGGAGAUUUUCCCUGGAUGGUCCAACAUCUCCCAACAUGGCCUAAAUUCUCUCCACGCCCUGGUAGAAAUCAUCCUGCCCGCCACCGCACCUCACCCCUGGAUGGCAAUCCCCGUCCUCGUCCUCUUACUCCUCUUCUACCUCUGUGUCGCCUACAUCACCCACGCCACAAGUGGCUUCUACACCUACUCCUUCCUCGACCCGGGCGUCGACGGCCACAAGAGCGGCCUCGUGACCGGCUACUGUUUCGGCAUCCUCGUCGCCAUCCUCAUCCUGUUCCUGGUUUCGUGGGGCCUGAUCCGUCUGCGCGUCUAUCUGACCGGAGACAGGAUCAAGCGUGCUGCGCGGGAUCCCCUGCGCCAUGGCCCGGGGGACUUUGACAAUGCGACGAGAUUGCGCGAUGCAUCGAUGGAGAUGAAGCAGGCUUCGGCGGUGUAA